UCAAAACAUUUUAAAAAUAGCAUUAAAAAGUAUUAAAUCCACAUUUAUCUUGGUCUUUUUUAAUAAGAUUGUGCGUAAAACCAUUAAUUUUUGUAAAAAUGAGUGGUUUAUUACGUAAUUUUAUACGUGUAAAAAGUAUUAAUAAUCAUAAUAAGUGGUUAUUUACAACGGUCAAAUUAACUAGAGAACCGGAUGAUAUCGUUCAUUUCCCUGAUAAACCCACUGUAGCUAUCAAAGAAUAUGAAUCACCUCGAGAAGAAUCCAUGGACACUCAACGAGCUAGGUUAUUGUAUCAAUCGCGAAAAAGGGCUAUUUUAGAAAACGAUUUAUUAUUAAGCAAUUUUGCUGAUCAAUAUUUAAAAAGAUUUAACAAGGAUCAAUUAGAUUCUUAUGAUAAUUUAAUCAAUCGCGCUAGGAACGAUUGGGACAUUUUUUAUUGGAUCACUAAUAAAGAACCAACCCCUGAAGAGUUUCAAAGUGAUGUCUUGGAAAUGAUUAAGAAAUUUGUUGGGAGCAGACUAGGAAAAGGAACACUUAGACAACCCGAUUUAAAUUAAAAUGGUUUUGAAAAAACCAUCGUUACUUUAGUAACAUUAGUUGGUGUAUAUAAAUAAAGAUUUAUAUUAAAAUUA